AUUCGUUUGACACGGAUUGGGUGGGCGGCGAACACGGAAGACGGUAAAAUCAAAGGACGGUGGCUUACAGUGGAACAUGAGAUCAACCAUAGCCUUUGUUCAUUAAUUUUUUCUCUUUCUUUUCUCAUUUGUAUUUUUGUGUAGUGUUGUGUUGGGCAUUGGGUAGUAGGAUAUGAGAGGUGCACUGUUAUGUGAGCCUCAAAAGCAAAGAGUGGCACUGCACUUUUAGGCUGUAAUCUGAGACAUCCAACCCCAUCUUUCAAAAACCCAUCAUCCUUACAAAUAUACACAUAGUUCAGGGUCCGCUAUCACAUUAAAAUUAUAAAAAGUGAGAUAGAUAGGUAAGGUGAAAAAUUGAAUAAGACCAUAAAAGUUCGACAUAGUUGGUGUUCACUGCUUUUUCUCUUUUUUCCCGUGGAUCAUCCCAAAGCUCUCUGCUUUUUGGUGGCACAGAUCCCUUGCUGGGUUUAAGUUCCUCACUUUGGAUUCUCCCCCAAAUGGGUUCCUUUGAUCGAUUGUUUAACCGCCAAAGAGGUCUUCAUGAGAUCCUUGGUGGUGGUCAAGUUGCAGAUUUAAUUCUGUGGAGGCGUAAGAACCUUACUGUGGGGAUAUUGUUGGUCACACUAGGUGUUUGGGUUGUGUUUGAGAGAUCUGGUUAUACUCUUCUGUCUCUUAUUUCUAAUGUUCUCCUUCUCCUCAUUGUCAUUCUCUUUCUUUGGGCCAAAUCAGCAGAUAUUCUCAACAGACCUGCUCCACCUCUACCACAGCUGCGUCUCUCAGAGGAAAUGGCAAAUGAAGCGAAGACUUUUAUCUGCACAAGAGUUAAUGAUCUGUUGUCAGUUUCUCAAGAUAUUGCUCUCGGAAAAGACUCGAGGCUGUUUCUCAAAGUAGCUGCAUACCUCUGGUUAAUUUCUAUUAUUGGUGGCUUAACUGAUUUCCUUACCCUGGCAUACACCAGUCUUCUUUUGGUUCUUACAGUACCAGCAAUCUAUGAAAGAUAUGAAGAUUACAUAGAUAUGUAUAUCUUGAAGGGUUACAGAAAAUUAUGCCUAUUGCAUGUUAAAAUAAAUGAGGGAUAUGUCAGCAAAGUCCACAACUGGAUUCUGGAGAAGAAAAAGCUAAGCUGAGUUUGUGUUUUUCGCAUUCAUUUUGAUAAGUUCUCUUAUUAUUCUUCUAAAGUAUUUCUUACAGGAUCACUGGUGAGAUUGUAAUUGUGAGUUUGAGGGACAACAAUAGUGAUCUUCUCCCCCCAAAAAUGAGUGUCUUCCUUUUUGCAUUUUCCAUCUUCAAUGAUGGAUCCCUUUUUUGGUACAUAAUGAUGAAACUCUUACGUUGGACUGGUUCAUGUAGUCCACUAAGUAUUUAAGAUUUCUUCUUAGGUUAACAAAGAAAAAAUAUAGGUGUCACUACCUAUACACAAUAUAAAAUGUGUUUGCCAAGUAUUUGUACAUGUAAAUAAUAUAGGUACAAUUAUUAUUACAUAUGUAGAGCUGUGCAGAUUCGCAUGAGUUAUUCACUUCAAUUCAACAAUUUAGCACACCAACUAAUGUUUCUUUCCACUUCUCUAAAAGUGGUCUUUGUAACUUUUUCCUUGGAGAAGUUGUUGCUGUAUAAUGCAAGUCAUUUCAAUGUUAUAAGUACUAUUUAUAUGCCUA